GCCUCCGUCCGCUUUGAGGGCGGGCCGAGGCUGCAGGAGGGGCGGGCGGGCCCGGGGCUCGCUGCUGCGGCGCUUCCGCGGAGGCGUGUGCGGCCCGGGAGCGGCCCGCGGAAGCUGCUUAACGCGGCUACGGGAGGGAGUGCGUCCACUCCGCUCGGGUCGGUCGGGCCGGGCCAUGGAGUCGUUGCCUGAGCCCGCGUGCCGCUGUCUUCUGCUCCUCCCCUCGCUGCUGCUGUUGCUGCUCCUCCCGGCCCCGAGGCUGGGACCGAGCCAGGCCCGAGCCGAGGAGAACGACUGGGUUCGACUGCCCAGCAAAUGCGAAGUGUGCAAAUAUGUUGCUGUGGAGCUGAAGUCAGCCUUUGAGGAAACUGGCAAGACCAAGGAGGUGAUUGACACAGGCUAUGGCAUCCUGGACCGGAAGGCCUCUGGAGUCAAAUACACAAAGUCGGACUUACGGUUAAUUGAAGUCACUGAGACCAUUUGCAAGAGGCUCCUGGACUAUAGUCUGCACAAGGAGAGGACUGGGAGUAACCGGUUUGCCAAGGGCAUGUCAGAGACCUUUGAGACGCUACACAACCUGGUACACAAAGGAGUCAAGGUGGUGAUGGACAUCCCCUAUGAGCUGUGGAACGAGACCUCUGCAGAGGUGGCUGACCUCAAGAAGCAGUGCGACGUGCUGGUGGAAGAGUUCGAGGAGGUGAUCGAGGACUGGUACAGAAACCACCAGGAGGAGGACCUGACCGAAUUCCUCUGUGCCAACCAUGUGCUGAAGGGAAAGGACACCAGUUGCCUGACAGAGCGGUGGUCUGGCAAGAAGGGGGACACAGCCACCCUGGGAGGGAAGAAGUCCAAGAAGAAGAGCAGCAAGGCCAAGGCAUCAGGUGUCCAGAGCAGCAGCAGCAGCAAGCAGAGGAAGGAGCUGCAUGGCCUUGAGGGAGACCCCAGCCCCGAGGAGGACGAGGGCAUCCAGAAGGCAUCCCCACUUACACACAGCCCCCCUGAUGAGCUUUGAGCCUAACCCAGUGUCCCCUGUACGGAGACUCCUGUUCUCAAAGCUGAAGCAUCUAGGGCCUGGCUCUGGCGGGCACAGAUGGCUUUCCCAGCUUCAGGGCCUCGCUGCCUCACCUGUGCCCUCUUCCCACCAAGGAAAGGCACAAGCUCCAGGAAGAAUUCAGAGCAGCCAUGGGCAGCCUGCACCAGCCUUUCCCUCCACCAAGCAUUUCUCUCCUGACACAGGCUUGGGGCAGGCCAUGCCAUUUCAGGAUUGCAAGGACUCCAGCGUGAACUCAGGAGGGGCAGGUGUCAGAGCUGGGCACCAGGACUGGAGCCCAUGAGGAGGGCAUGCCCGGCCUUCACUCCUCCCCUCACUCCUGCCCCCACGGGGAAGCAAGACUGCAGCACCCCACAGCUGCCCCUCUCUGCCCACCGCUCCUGUGGACACCUUCACUCUGCCUGGCCCUCCUCCAGGGCUCACAGAGUAAAAGCCUUUUGGCCUUUUGGUUCUGA